UCAGAUGAUCCCUCCUCCCACUCCCGCGGCAUCAUUUCUAUUCCAGCUUUCCUCUCGGCCUGCACUGCACCUGGCUCCUCGUCCCCGCCCUCUCCGCUUCCUAAUCUCCGCUCCCGGACUCCAGGCGCACCCCGCGGCUCGCUUUCCUCCGCAGGUGCGCACCGCAGCCCCGCGCUCCGCAGAGCGCGCUUGCGCCCUACAGCCGCGGGAGCCGCGCCGCCCGGGUCGGAGGAACUUCUGCGCUGCGGCGGUCGUCGCGGGAUCCAGGCUCCGAGACUGAUACCGCGUGGGGCUGAGCAGGUGGCUGUACUCGCGCGCUGAGCCGCACUCCUGCCCGCGGCGGCGCCACGAUGGGCUGCUCCAGCAGCGCCCUCGGCAAGGCCGGCGACUGCAGCAGGCUCCGCAGCGAAGAGAGUGAGUCCGGCUUUGUCCAACCCAAAACGCUUAUACUGGGAAGAGAAGCUACUAUUUACGACACGGCACAAAAGGAAAGCCUUCCUCCCCUAGAGAAGCUCAAGAUUUCAUCAGUGUCUACAGCUAAUGGUGUUAAAUCCUUCCAUGGACAGCCCCUGGCACAGGAUGCUGCAGACCCACCAGGAGCCACAGAGAAGACUCAGGCUCUGGAGGGACCCGGGGAGUCCGGGCCACUUCAGCCAGGUGGCACACAUGAUACUCAAAAAGCAGAAGAAAAGAAAGAUGUGGAAAUGGGGACAGGAGCCCAGCCUUCAGAAGGAAGUGCUGAGACUGAACCUCUAGUGGGGGAAGCCCAGAGUCAGCCUAUGAGAACAGCAGGAGGGACGGCCUCCGCUGGAGUAGUGGGUGAUGCUGAGAUUCCGCUAACUGUCGGAGAGGUGCAACCUUUAAGAAUAGCUGAAAAAAUGCCACCUCUGGAAGCAGGUAGAGAGCCACAACCUCAGGAAGCGAUGGGAAAGCCCCCGCUCCUAGAAACUGUUCCCAAGGAGACUGAAGCUCCAGAAAUUUUGGAAGGAAGUCAGCUUGUUGAAACAACUGAAGAGCACGAAGUUCAAGAACCACUGGGAAGAGAUGAGCAGUCCCAACUUCUAAAGACAAUGCCCAGAGAGAAAGGAUUUAUGAAAAUACUGGAAGGAAGUCAGCUUGUGAAAACAGCUGUAAAGAAUGAUUUGAUUCAUAAAACUCCUGAACGUCCAGAAAACAUGGAACAGAUUAAACCUGAAGGAGUAGUCGGGAGCUCGGAGCAUCCAGCAGUAAUGCUAGGAGCAGACACCGACAUGGAAACGGUCGGGAAAAUCCACACAGACAAAGAGGACCACCACAUCGAAGGUGAGACAGGAGAAAGGGUUGAAACGGAGAGGGAGAAAGUAAGUGAAGGAGCUGAAACACAAGAAGAGGAAACCGGAGAAGCCGUGGACCUUUCCCAGCCACAGAGAUCGGUGUGAGUUGAGGUGGCCAGCAAGCAUGGCGGCUCGAGUAGCUGACAUCAUUCCUUCUGCUGCAAGGAGAAGCUGGAUUGUGAUUUCAUUGAGAGCAAGGACUGUUGUGUGUAUCAGUGUGUUCAGGCAUGUAGCCCCUUUACAGACCAUGAGAGGUGCUUAAUAAAUAUUUGUUGAAUCAGUGAAUGCAUAAUGAAUACCAAAGGCUCCCAUUUACAUUUACUUCAUCACCAAAGGAUAUAUUUCAAAUACACAUUGAGAUAACGCUCACAUUUUCCCACCAAGGCUACUCAAGCUCAAUAACAAGCUAUAUAUUUGGUGUAGUUCUGAAAAGAGCAAUGUUUUUAGGUCAGAAAGUAACACAAAGCAGAACUGAUGUAGCAUCUUUGAAGUUACAUUUUGUAAUCCAAACUUGUUUUUUCCUGACCAAAAGGUAUUUUUAUAGAGAUAUCUAGUAAGUAGACCGUGUCAGAGCUUAGUGUAAAAUGUGAAUGAUCACCUUAAAAAGUGGAAUUAUACGUUUAUCAAGUACUGAAAGAGUAGGUAAGAUUCAUUUACUUCAGAGGCAUAAAGCUUUCUCCAUCGUGUGGAUUUUUUUCAGUAUCUGACAUAUGUUAGAGACCUGUUUGGAAUUCAUGCUUGAAACAACUCUUUCUCAAGAACAUUGUUAUAUAGUUGUAAUGUAAAAGUUUUCAAUUUUUUUAUUAAUCCCAUUAUUUUCUAUUGAUGACUAAAAUCAUUCUCAGGCAAAAUGGAAAUUUGUAUAAAUUUGUGGUACUUUCUACACUUUUACCUUUGGCCUUUAAUAUGGUUACUAACACCUUGUUUAGAAACUGUUCUUAUUCUUUUAGAUAAUAUUAAGUUUUUACUCAAAACUUACAAGGAAAAUUAAAAUGUUCAUGCUAUUUGAAUAUUCCAAAAUUGAAAUAUUCCAGCUAAAUAAUGUUAAUUAAUUUUAAAAACAAAAUUAAACUAAUAAAUUUCUAUAGUAAAACUCAAAUAAUACAGAAAUGUAUAAAAUAAGCAGUGAACUUCUCCCUCCUAUAUCCCUUAGUUUUUCUACACAAAGAUAAUGAAAAGUUUCUCAUGUAUACUUCCAUAAGAAGGUAAUGUCUAUGCCAGGCUAUAUGUAUAUGCUAAAAUAGAAGUGUGUAUUUACAUACCCACAUUUAAAGACACAAAUGACAAUUUACUAGCCCUUGUGUUAUAAAAAGUGCAUGUAAAAUCACUGAUCUAUCCUUUCCUGUGUUAGAUAGUUUUUCUUUGGCCCAAGACUGAUAAACUUAGCAUAGCAAAGUGCAUUCUGAUACUACGUCCCCAGUGUCUGAGAAGAGAUUAUCAUUUUUGCCACCAGAUUAAAAAUGUACAAGUUGGAAAGAAGGCUUGAGCUGUUUAUAAUGAAUUAAUACAAAAACUACCAUCAGGGUUGGGUUUUCUAAUCCUGGGUGCUCUAUAGCCACUUUGUAGCCCAGUUUGUAUUCUAGUAAGAUAAUUUCAGUAUUUUCUAUUCCUAACUAGAGGGUCAAAUGGUGAACAAAUGAUCUGCUAGCUAGCAUCCCAGCAGGGACGUGUGGAUGUACCAGCAGAGGGUGCAGCUGCAAACUCAGCUCCCUAGUCCACACUCCAAAACUCUUGGCCAGAAGUGCUCUGCAUCUGGCCUCCUGGGGGACCCACAGGAAUGCAGCAUGUGCUCAGUCUGUGACCACAUUGUUUUUCUCAUUUAGACUUUGGUGUAAGAACUCCUGGGAUAGCUAAUAGCUUUUGAGCAGUCAAAACACCCUUACCUCUUUUCUGUUUUUUUAAUCCUCACCCGAGGAUAUUUUUUCACUGCUUUUUAGAGAGAGAGGAAGGGAGAGAGGAAUAAAGAGAGAUGAACAUUGAUGUGAGAGGGAAACAUUGAUCAGUUGCCUCCAUACACGCCUGGACCAGGGAUGGAACCACAAACUUUCGGUUACGGGAUGACGCACCAACCAGCUGAGCCACACCAGCCAGGGUCACUUUUAACAACAACUUUAUUCCACACUUGGCCUUGGAUUUAAAAUGGCUUUUCAAGGAAAAUAUCUUUUUCGCAUCUAACUAAUCAAAGAGUGCUGGAUCGUCAUGGUCAAAUAACCAUAGUAGAAUUUACAUCUGUGCUCUUUUGGAAAAUGCAGUGUCAGAACAUUUAACAUUAUGAGCAUCUGAGUUUCAUAAUUUGGUGAUGCAGUUAAUUCUGAAUUGUUCCACAAAAGCCACCAUAAACCCAUUCAUGUAGUCCACACACAUCUGUAAGGUAAAAGGAGAACCAUCUUCUCCUCUUUCUUUCCUCACGCCAAACAGCAAGGCAUGGCUGUGUCUGAACAUUUGAAAGCAUUUACUUACAGGCUGUCUUUUAAUCUAAAUCUGUCAGCUCCUCUCCUCCCCAGAGCUUACAAAGUUAAUGAGCAUUUGGCUAUAAUCUCAAGGUUUAGUCGCAGAGACAGAAUCAGUGUAAUUUCAGAGAGCAGCUGAUAGGUGUGGAAUUGCUCUUCUGAGUUUUUGUUACUAUCAACAAGUUAGGGAACUCCCUGGUAUUACUACAGAAUACAAUUGUAGGCCUUUAGCUUUACCUCAGCAGUACCACUCGGCUAAUUUAUCAAACAAUAUUUCAGAUAUUGCAAGCUAACAAUAAUAGUACCAUUUCUGCACCUAAUUAAUGAAGUCUCCAGACAUCAAAUCCAGGCUUUACUAACUUUUUUUUUUAAAGAUUUUAUUUAUUUAUCUUUAGAGAGGAAGGGAAGGAGAGAAGGAAAGAAACAUCAACGUGUGGUUGCCUCUCGUGAGUCCCCUGCCAGGAACUGGCCUGCAACCCAGGAAUGUGCCCUGAGUGUGGUUUGCAGGCCCACACUCAAUCCACUGAGCUAUGCCAGACAGGGCUAGGCUUUACUAACUUUUGAAGGUGGAAGAAGGACCAGUCCAUAUUCAAUUAAUCUAAGUUACCCUUUCAGUUUAAUACUGUGCCACUGUCCUCAAUAAACACACUCUACUCUCAGCUGUUGGGAGCAGAGAUCUGCAAGCCUUAACAGUUUCUACAAAAAAGAAUUCUGAGAAACCAUCAAGGGAUACUAAUUUUGGUUUGACAUCUGCCUUUUUUUUCUUGUAGAAUAUAGAUAGUUCUCAAAUUUUUCUUAGUAACUGUAGUUGGCCCUGGCCAGGUAGCCGAAUUGAUUGGAGUGUCAUCCCAACAUGCCAAGGUUGCAGGUUCGAUCCCCAGUCAGGGCACAUACAAGAAGCAACCGUUUCAGUGUGAGGGCAAACUAAUAGUUUAUAUCAACCAGUAGUUAUUUAGUGGAUCAGUAUGGAUUUGCUUCAAGUUUUCUGGAUAUCACAAUUUGGUUAAAAAGCUUUUUGAUAAAAAUAACACUGCUUUUAUCUAAGUACUUGAGUGUGGCUACAGUGAUUAUUUAGGUAAUAAUUGCAAAGAAGGACUCCUUUAUUAUUAAGAUAAUUUUUCUUAGUAUAAAAUGAGCACAUGUUCAUGGUAUAAACUUCAGAAAAUAUAGACCCUAAAAGGUGAAAUCUAAGUAUUACAUGUAAUUCAAUAAAAACCAUGUUGAUGUAUAUGAGGGGUGAUUAUUUAUAGUGUUGCAAUAACAAGUUAGCCAAAGCACAACUAUUAGCAGGACUUUGUCUAUUACUCUGAGAACAGGGCUUCUGGAUUUGCCUCACAGGAGCCUACUGGGGUGAGCAGGUUAGAGAGAAUGUUCCAGUAAAACUUGCUAUGUAGUAAAUAUUGGUUAGUGUUACAGAGAGAGUGACUAUGCCCAAUUUUACUAGCACUUAGCUGAUGACAAUUGCUGAUAAGCUUUUGAUAUCUUAGGAUAAAACACAGAGUAAAUAUUUUAUUUGGCAUUAUUUUAAAUAUUUUUGAAUUGUUGACCAAAUGCUAGAAAAAAGAUUGUGAGCUCUUCAGAGUGCAGGAAAGUGCCUUACAGGACUCAGGACAUAUUUGUUGGUCUGUAAAGAUUUGUUGAUGACGAAUGCUCUUUAUUCUCAUGUAAUCAUGAAACUUUCCUUAGUACUGAAUAUAAUUGGCUGUAGGGGAAAAUAUGGCCAAAAUCCUUACUUUGUACUUUUGUACUUUGUACUUCUGGUUCCAUAUUUAUGAUUUUGAUUGAAUAAACAUAAGUAAUAAAAAUGUUUGAAAGCUUUUCU